CCGGACCAAUGAAGGGGUAAAUCUCGCUCGCUCCCGGGAUGGCGCAGAAAAGGUUGCCCCGCCCCCCUCGCCCUUUGACUGGCCGCACCGGCGACCGAAUAGCAGCUGAGCUCGUUGCCUAAGCUGCGUUUGGAGUCCGAAGGGCGGCUAGAGGAUUUGCAGGGGGCGCAGGAGCCCGGCGUCGCCUUCAAAGCACGCCUUCCCUCGUAAAAGGUGUGCGCGGAAAUAAAAAAGCUAAUCCAAAGUGGCAUUUUUGGUCCAAGGAGGACCUGCUGAAAAUAAGGAGUUGUGGCAUGAAGGAAUGCCUGUGAAGUUGAACAUUACGCUGCUAGCAGUUGAAAAAAAAUGCCUGUAACAGACCAGGCUUUUGUGACUCUUGCCACUAAUGAUGUUUAUUGUCAUGGAGCUCUGGUUCUUGGACAAUCCUUGAGGAAUCAUAAAACAUCUAGAAGACUGGCAAUACUAAUUACACCUCAAGUCUCCAGGGAAAUGAGGGUUGCCCUCAAGACCAUCUUUGAUUCCGUGGUUGAUGUUAAAGAAAUUGACAGUAAUGACUUGGUGCACUUAACUCUGCUGAAGAGGCUGGAACUGGGUGUAACCUUUACCAAACUGCAUUGCUGGACUCUUACUCAGUAUAGCAAAUGUGUCUUCAUGGAUGCAGACACAUUGGUGCUUUGUAAUGUUGAUGAACUUUUUGAGCGGGAAGAAUUAUCAGCAGCUCCAGAUUCCGGUUGGCCAGACUGCUUUAACAGUGGUGUCUUUGUUUUCCAACCUUCUUUGAAAACCUUCAAACAUCUUCUUCAGUUUGCUAGUGAACAUGGUAGUUUUGAUGGAGGUGAUCAAGGAUUGUUAAACAGUUUUUUCAGCAGCUGGGCAACCAAAGAUAUAAAUAAACACUUGCCAUUUAUCUAUAAUCUAAGCAGCAGCACUCUCUAUACAUAUGUCCCUGCUUUCCAGCAUUUUGGUAAAGAUACAAAGGUGAUUCAUUUUUUGGGACCAGCAAAGCCCUGGAACUACAAGUACAAUCCCCAGACAAGAACAGUCACACCAAAUGAUUCAGCUUCUGUAUCUGAAAAUCAGCUGCCAUUCCUAGAACUUUGGUGGAUAACAUACAGGUCCAGUAUAUUACCAUUACUGGAAAAAUUGCAAGAGCCUCCAAUCCAGCAAAAGGAGCCUGAAAGGAACACUGAUGUGCUGACACCUGAAAGCAAAAAUCCUCUUAUCAACAAUUCCUUGCCAGACUCAACAAAUACAGGAUAUAUUUCAGAAUCUGUUGUAACCACAUCCAGUGAGUUAUCUGCCAAAACUAAUAUUGCUGUAAAGAAAGAUGAAUGCAGUCUUGAAAGUGAUAUUGUUGAUCCAAGCAAGUCCUUCACGGAAUUGUCUGUUCAGCCUGUUCCUCUCCAGACUAUGAAUGAAUUUGUCAGCCCUGUUGCAAAGGUGACUAUUCAGCCAGAGGCAAAGGAAUCAAGAGCAGAAGAUGAACGAAGGAAGUGGGAGGAAGGCCACAUUGAUUAUCUAGGAAAGGAUGCUUUUGAAAACAUUAAGAAGAAAUUAGAUGCUUUUUUAUUAUAGGUGUUUUUCCUUAUCCUAAUUGCAAUUGAUCUGUUUACAUUUGCAGAACACACAACUAUCUUUUGCUUUGGUGAAGGAAAUUUCGGCAAAAAUAGAUUUUCUGACAUGACUAGUCUAGCCUAGAUAAAUAUGUAUUUGCCAUGUUUACUUUCAGAGAAUGAAAUGCAUGGAGCUUUCAAGCUUUCUUUUUGCGGAGUCAAAUUUUGGCUCAACUUCUCCAGAACCUCCCUUUGCUUAGGAAUAGCCUCUACAGCCUUGCAUCCUGUAAAGUUUCUAGCUAGAAAAUUAAUCUGAAAUUAUGAUAAAUGGCUUUAUACUUGUAGAUCAAAUAAAUUUUCCAUACCAGAUUUGGCAUGGAAGAAGGUAUAAAAAACUUGAAAGUAAAGGACUCAAAUACUUACAGCAGAGUUAAUAAACACACCUAAGGACAUGAUCCAAAUAUAGUCUCUGGGUAUGGAGGAUUUUACAGGUUCAAUAAAACCUUGCAUCUCCUCCUCCUUUUAUUAAACUAUGUUCAUGGAGUGUAAUGUAUUCGUAGGGAAGACUAUAUGUAUAUCAUGUAUUUUCAACCAGCCCUCCUUUUUUAUUUGGUGUAAAUAAAUCGUGCUGUAAUUUAACUGAAAUUCAGAUGGCCAGGAAUUCUAAGUAUUGUACUGUCGAUAUUUUUGGAAGAGGUCUACACAUAUUAAUCUAUUACACCCAAACCUUAGAGCAGUUUGUAACAUCUUAAGUCAUGCGUCAUUGUACUAUAAGUCUUUGUGAACUGAAAUCCAUUUUAUGAGAUGCAGGAAGGCAAAAGAAUAUUUCAUCUGGCUAAUGACAGCUAACUCACAACUGGUACAAUGUUAGGGCAUUAAACAGUGUUUGUAAUAGAAACUUAGUCAUGUUGAAUUAAAUGAGCCACUUUUUUCUCAUUGUACACUGGUUCCUUUGAUUGGUAAUGUGUAUUUUUUAUUUACUGUCAAAUGGUUAAUUCUUGGUAAAAUUAUAACUUUAUAGCCUUUUUCCCUAGGAGUAUUUAAAAUUCUUAAAUUUAACAUUGAAUCUUAGGAUAACUGUUUCAAAGCAUUAUGUAUAAUUGAAUUACUAAAACCCUCAUGUAUCCACUGAGAUGCUUACCAAAACUAAAGUGAACCUUUUUAUCUGUUAGAACAUUUGAAAUAUAUUUGUUGCAUUCUCUUUAAGCUUUUUUGUGAUUUUCUGUCCCUGUUUUAGGUUGCAGCCUAUCUAAAGCAGAGAUUCGUUUAAUAGUUUCUUGAAGAAGUUUAGUUUUGCAUGCAAGGAGGUGUCAGUGUUACAUAAUUUAUGUUUUCCCAUCAACAUUCAUUUCCUUUUAAUUUUGAUUUGAUACUUUAUGAUUUUGUAAAUAUUUAGUAAAAGUAUAAGUUCUACCUUAUA